ACCAGUAAAUUGCAAAGGACAUAAAAGAAAAGAAAAAGGCUGCGACUUGGGUGAGAGAAAUGGGAUAGAGAGAGAGAGAAGGGGGAAGGUUUUGGAGGAUUCUUCUUCUCUCUAAAACAAAACCAAAACCAGGAGAAAAAUCCAAGGUUUUGGUUUGAUCACUUGCUGGCUUGGUGGGUAAAUUUCUGAAUUCUUCCUGCCUAAAUUUCAAUUGUGGACUUGGUAGUUUAUAUAUAUAUAUGCUGCAUGUUCAUACUGGUGGCGAAAAAAAAUAAAAAAUAAAGAGAAAUGGAGGAAGAAAUGGCAGCUAGGUACUGGUGCUACAGGUGUUCUGAAAUGGUGAACCCCGUCAUGGGAGUUGAAAUGAAAUGCCCAUUUUGCCAGAGCGGAUUUAUUGAGGAAAUGGAUGGCACCACUAGGGACAAUCAGGAACCCGACUCUGAAUUUGGACCCGAUCGACCUCUCUCCCUCUGGGCUCCAAUCUUGAUGGGGAUGAUGAACAACAAUCCCCGUAGACGACGGAGAUUGAGACGACAAGAGUUCGAUGAGGAUGAUGAUGAGGAUAAUGAGAAUGAUGAUGCCCAUGGGGGAGAGACUGAACUGGACAGAGAACUUGAAUCAAUCAUCCGAAGGAGGAGGAGAAGCUCAUCUUCCAUUCUUCAGCUGCUUCGAGGCAUUCGAGCUGCUGGCUUGGCAUCUGAAUCAGAGAAUUCUGAGAGUGAUAGGGACAGGGACCGGGACAGGGAUAGGGAUAGGGACAGGGACAGGGAAAGGGAAAGGGAACGCCUAAUUCUUAUCAACCCUUUCAAUCAAACCAUCAUUCUUCAUGGUUCUUACGAUUCAAGUCAGGGUCAAAACAACAAUCACACUGCUAUUGGUUCAUUAGGUGAUUAUUUUAUUGGCCCUGGUCUGGACUUAUUGCUGCAACAUUUGGCAGAGAAUGAUCCUAAUAGAUAUGGAACUCCUCCGGCACAAAAGGAGGCAGUGGAAGCUCUGCCCACUGUGACAAUUAAGGAGAAUUUGCAAUGUUCUGUGUGCUUGGAUGAUUUUAAGAUUGGUGUUGAAGCAAAAGAAAUGCCAUGCAAGCAUAAAUUUCAUGGUGACUGUAUUCUGCCAUGGCUGGAGCUUCAUAGUUCCUGCCCAGUUUGCAGGUUUCAGUUGCCUGCUGAUGAAGCCAAACAUGAUUCCAAUAAUUCUAGAAACAGCAGUAACCAGAGGGAUAGUGAGAACACUGGCGUUGCUGGGGAAGAGGGAGAUGAGGAUGGGGAUGGGGAUGGGGAUGGGGAUGGGGAUGGUAUUGCGAUUGGGAGAAAUGGAAGUGGCAGAAGGUUUCAAUUUCCGUGGCCUUUCAAUCUGUUUUCAUCGACAGAAUCUCAAUCUAGUGGCAGUGGGGGUAAUUCUUCCUCAUCAGCAAAUGCAACUGGAAGCGGGAGUGGGAGUGGGUCUCAAACAGAUGACAAUUGAAUUCGAAUAUAUUUCCAUAUAUUCGUUCUGUUCCUCCUAUCCUUCAUACAUAUUGGGUUCUUGUUCAUUAUGUGGCUUCAAUGGUCUGCUGCGCUGCUACCUGUGUACAUAGUACCUUCACAUUAUCUUGGGAGUUGAAGUUGUGUUCUUAUGUUUUCCAAAGAAAUGAGGUCUUUUGUAGAUGUCAUGGUCUUUUGUAGAAUAUGGUCUGUGAUUUUCUAUCUGGAAUCUUGGUAAAUUGAUGCGCAUUUGCUUUAACCCCUU